AUGGAAAUUGAACAGGCCCGCCUUCUCUGCCUCAAGGCUGCCUGGAUGAUGGAUCAGGGCGAUGGCCGUGCCGCCGCCCCCUGGAUCAGCCAGAUCAAGGUGGUGGCGCCCCGGGUGGCGCUGAAGGUUACCGACGAAGCGGUGCAGAUGUUCGGCGCGCAGGGGAUUUCGCAAGAUACACCGCUGGCCCGCAGCUGGACCCAUCUGCGCACCUUGCGGCUCGCCGAUGGCCCGGAUGCCGUCCACCGCCGCCAGGUGGCGCGCACCGAGCUCAAACGCUACACGCAGGAAAAGCCCGGUCCCGAUGAGAUCGUGCUCCGCUCAGAAGCCAUUGGUCUGAAUUACCCCGACGGCCUUCUGGUCCAGGGACUUUACCAGAUGAAGCCCGAGACGCCGUUUGUCCCCGGCAUGGAGGCCGGCGGCAUUGUCGAGGCGGUGGGUGGCAACGUCACCCAUCUCAAACCCGGCGACCGCGCGGUGGUGAUGCUCACUAAUGGCGGCUAUGCGGAGAAGGUUCUGGCGCCGGCCAACCGGGCGUUCCCGAUCCCCGACAGCAUGAACUUCGCCGAUGCCUGCGCGCUGAUGUGCGCCUGGGGAACCUCGCAUCACGCGCUCAGGCAGCGUGCAAAUCUGCAGCCGGGCGAAACCCUGCUGGUGCUGGGCGCUGCCGGUUCCACCGGUCUCGCUGCCAUCUCGAUCGGCAAGGCCAUGGGUGCCCGCGUCAUCGCCGUGGCUUCGAGCGAGGAAAAGCAGCAGGCCUGUCUUGAGGCGGGAGCGGACAUCGCCCUGCCCUAUGACGGUUUGCGCGAGGCGCUCAAGCAGCAUGCGCCGGGCGGCGUCGAUGUCGGCUUCGAUCCCGUCGGCGGUGCAGCCUUCGAUGUCGCGGCACGUGCCAUGGCCCGCAAUGGGCGUCUGCUGGUGAUCGGCUUUGCCUCGGGCGAAAUUCCCAAGCUGCCGGUCAAUCUGGUGCUGUUGAAGGAAUAUUCGCUGGUCGGCGUGUUCUGGGGAGCCUUCGUUGCCAAGGAACCCGAGGUCUACGCCGCCAACAACCGCGAAUUGUUUGCCUGGCAUUCCGAAGGCCGCAUCAAGACGCGGAUUGACGAACAGCGCCCCUUGUCGGAAGCCGCGAUUGCGCUUCAACGCAUUCUCGAUCGUGGCGCCAUCGGCAAGACGAUUCUCACACCCAUGAAUGCCCUGAUCCUCAAGGGUGACGGAUUUGGCAACACCCGCACCGGAGCUGCAAUAGAAACUCUGGAGCCUUAUCUCGAAUAUGGCGCGCUGCCCGUCCCCACGCCCGGCCCCGGUCAGGUGCUCAUCAAGGUGCGGAUGGCCUCCAUCAAUCCGUCCGACCUCUAUUUCAUCAAGGGCGAAUACGGCCAGCCCCGCAUCAAGGGGGUCGCUGCAGGGUUUGAAGGCGUUGGCGAUGUGGUCGACGGCAAGGGAUUUUAUGCGAAGUAUCUCAAGGGCAAGCGGGUGGCCUUUGUCGGCGGCGUCAAUGGGUCCGGCGCCUGGGCAGACUACAUCGUCGUCGAAGCGGCGAUGUGUGUCGUGGUCAAGCCGGCCAUGCGCGACGAGGAUGCGGCGGGGCACGUGGUCAAUCCGGUGACAGCCUGGACCAUGUUCGACAUCGUCAAGGGCUCCGGCUCCAAGAGCUUUGUCUUCACCGCCGCCUUCUCCCAGCUCGGCAAGCUGAUGGCGGGGCUUUCGCGCGACAAUGGCUAUGCCAUGAUCGCCGUCAUCCGCAAGGAGAGCCAGGCAGCUCAUCUCAGGGAGCUCGGGGCGAAGCAUGUGCUGGUCCAGUCCGAUCCGGAGUUCGCUACAAGGCUUGCCGCGCUGAUGAAAUCGGAGAAGCCGCGCGUGUUGCUCGAUGCGGUGGCCAACCAGCUGUCGGCCGACAUCUUCACCGCCAUGCCGACGCGUGCGCGCUGGAUCGUCUACGGCAAGCUCGAUACCGAGGCGCCGGCGCUGAAGGAGCCCGGCCAGCUGAUUUUCAUGAACAAGAAGAUCGAGGGCUACUGGCUGAUGAACUGGUUCCGGCAGGCGUCGAUCCUCACCAAGCUGAAGACGCUGCGCGCAGUGCAGAACCGCUUCAUCUCAGGUGCCUGGAGCACGGAAGUGGUGGCUACCGUCAGGCUCGCCGAUGUGAUGCGCGACCUGCCCGAAGCCCUCAGGAUCGGUGACGGCAAGGCAGGAGGCCCUUGCAUGACCCACCCGACCACAUUCCUAUCCAUUCUCGCGGCAUCGCUCAUGGCGGUGCUGACCACUCUCGCGCCCGCGCGUGCCAAUGACGCGGCAACAGCCCAGAGCGUCAUCGAGAGCCAGAUCACUGCGUUCCUCAACGACGAUGCGUCGACCGCCUAUUCAUUCGCAGCCCCCUCGAUCAAGCAGCUCUAUCCUGACCAGACCCGCUUUUUCGACAUGGUCAAACGCGGCUACCAGCCGGUUUAUCGUCCGGGCAAUUUUGCCUUCGGCCGUUCGAAGAUCGCGGCUGAUGGCACCAGCGUCGUUCAGGAAGUCAUCAUCCAGGAUGAUCCGGGCCGCAGCCCCGCAAACCUGACCACUUCGUGGUGCGCCACCACCCCGGAACCAGACCGCUCCCACCGCGUUGACGGCACACGAGCCGGCAUUGCCAGCCGGCCGGAUUUCCACCUAUGCUCGGCGUCCCGGAACAUUCGGCUCCACGCGCCGGCCAUGCACAGACGGAGACUUGCCGUGAGCGUCGCCUUCACCAAGGAAGAGAGUUCCGAGACCGCAGCCGAAACCCAGCUGCCCGACCGGCCGAUUUCCCCCCAUCCCAACCUGGUGACACCGACCGGACUGAAGCAGCUGCAGGCCGAACUUGACAAGGCCCGGGGCGAGUUCGAGGCGGCCAACAGCAUCGAUGACGUUAACGAGAAACGCCGUCAGCAGGCGGGUCCGUUGCGCGAUGCCCGCUAUUUCGCGGAGCGGGUUCGCACCGCCCAGAUCAUGCCCGACCCCACGUCGCACGAGACCGUCGCCUUCGGCUCGACCGUCACGUACAGCCGCGAUGACAAACCAGCGCAGACCUACCGCAUUGUCGGCGAGGAUGAAGCAGACCCCAGGAGCGGCACGAUCUCCUUCGCCUCUCCCGUUGCACGCGCCCUGAUGGGCAAGGCUGUCGGCGAUGUGGUGGAGACUGGCGAGCAUGAGCUCGAGGUGAUUGCGAUUGCCUGA